ACUGUUGUAUUCUUUUGUAAAAGCAUGUGAAGACUCCUCUUUCUCUCUUUUUGUCCUCAGUCUGUGAGCGAGAUGCCUCUCUGCUGUAAGCCGAGCAGCGAGGACACUCUAGUUGACCGAGACAGGGACACAUGUCCUGAGAACUCUGAGCCCUGGAGUUUGACUUCACUGUCUCUCUGGAAAUGUAACGUUAAAGGUUUUGUCCGGAGAAAUGCUUUUCUCCUGCUCACUGUGGUUGCUAUUGUCCUGGGUGUCAGCCUGGGUUAUGCUCUACGUGCGGCUAACAUGACGGACCUGCAAAUCUACUACUUCAUGUUUCCUGGAGACCUGCUGCUGAGAAUGCUGCAGAUGAUAGUGCUUCCUCUCAUCAUCUCCAGUCUGAUCACAGCCAUGUCGUCAGUGGACAGGACGUCCUUGGGGAAAAUGGGGCUCUAUGCUUUUUGUUAUUACUCGACGACCACCUUCAUGGCUGUGUUCACUGGCAUCGUCCUAGUGGUUCUAAUCCAGCCAGGGAAAUCCCCCACGCACAACUCAGUGUCCCCUGGUGGUACAUCGGGCACCAUGCAGACAUUGGAUUCCUUUCUGGAUCUGAUCAGGUAUUCCCCGGUAGGAAUCUUCUUCCUGGUUGCAGGACAGAUUUUGAAGCUGAAGGACGACGGUGUUUUAGGACAACAGAUUGGCAUGUAUACUCUCACUGUGACCACUGGCCUGGUCAUCCACAGCUUUAUCACCCUGCCGCUCAUCUAUUUCAUUUUCGCACACAAAAAUCCCUUCACAUUCAUGGCCGGUCUCCUGGAGGCUCUCACCGCCGCCUUUGGGACUUCAUCCAGUUCUGUGACGCUACCCAUCAGCAUCAAGUGUCUGGAGAACAAUCUGAGAAUGGACAAACGGGUGACGCGCUUCAUGGUGCCUAUAGGUGCCGUCUUGACUAUGGAUGGAACAGCCCUCUAUGAGGCCGUCGCUGUCAUUUUCAUAGCCCAGGUUUACAAUGUGCAACUUAAUCUGGGUCAAAUUGUCAUUGUCAGUAUCACUGCGACAGUAGCAGCCAUCGGUGGCUCUGGAAUCCCACAGGGCGGCAUGGCAACAAUGGCUAUGGUGCUGUCAUCAACUGGCCUGCCCCUUGAAGGCAUCUCCUAUAUCAUCACAGUCGACUGGAUGCUGGAUCGUUUGAGGACGACCACCAACGUGCUGAGCGACUGUUUCGGUGUGGGAGUCGUGCAUCACCUCUCCAGACAUGAGCGGCAGGCUCCCCCAGUGGAGUGCUUGGUCGAGGGAGAGGCAGAGAAACCCUUUGACUGACCAACCGUUAAACUCGCUUAAUGUUCUUCCUGCAACAAAUAUACGCUUUUUGAUUUAGGCACAAAUUAUGCUCAGGAAAAUAUGGCAACGAUAGCAACAUUAACAACUAUCAUACUAUACUUCUUAUUUAGCUGCUUACCGAUUAGAAACAUCAUGUAAAUAGUAAAAAAAAUCUAAUUCAGGAACAUUUUCAAGCAUAAAUGUUGCACGGAUACAUUUAAAGGAAGUGAAAACAGUGUCUAAUUUCACAACAUUCCUAAAAACUCUACAGGGGUUUAAUUUAUGUCAGAAAAAUGAAUGAAAUUCAAGCUAAUUUCUGACAACACUUUUUCAAACUGCUGCUUCUAUCUGAAAUGUUUGAGCGUUUUUCGACAAAAUGUCGUUUUUUGAAAAAAAAGAGGCUUUAAAUUAGUGUUCAUUGUUUGACGGAACACACACAUAUCAGUAUAUUAAAUUAACUAUUUCUUGUGAUCAUACAAACUGCACAGAGUGGACCAUGGUGUUCAGGAAAUAAUUGCGUAGCUUGGUUUGUCACGACUAAUAAAUUCAAAUCGUAUUCUU